ACGUACGCCGUAGAUGUGGUCGGCUGGUGCGUCGGCGCACCGUAGUAGCACGCAACAACAUUUGCGUGAAAAUGCUGCUACCAUCCUGCUAGUGUGUCGCUGCAAGGAACACUCACGUAAGGAACAAAGCGAACCUGUACGCAAUGUCGGUGCCCCGAAACGCAGUGUAAACAGUGAUCCCCAACGGUGCCCGCGUUUCGAUGCUGGAGCAGCAGCUCUCCAGUUUUGUGAGUAAAUGGCAACAGCAACGUACUGGCAAAUCGUGCACAAUCAACGUAGAGCAACGCUGCACCGCAGCCCAAGCGUAUCCGGUGUUGGCGGUCGUCGUCCUGCCCAUCCUGGACGCAUGCCCCGAUGCGGAAUGACCUAAAGCGCCCGGAAGGCUCGACCCCCUACGACAAUGGUGCAGUUUCUGGAGGGUGGUGGCAGCGGUAACCAACUGGACAUGAAUGGCAUUAACAUUGCGGACCGUCUGCAAGCGCACAUGGAACUUACAACAUUUUUUGGCUUAGCAUUGGGAUUUGUGGCACUCAUCUUGGUGCUGUUCCUGUACGUCCACAAGAUACGGUGCUUCGGGGCGGCCCCCCCAUUUCUGCCGUUCGACGAGCAGCUGCGGGCGGAGAAAACGUUCCACCGCAUACGGAACCGGUUCGCGUACGAUGGGAACAACAGCUCCGACUCGGAGGACGACACGCUGCGCCGCCUCAAGCUGGACCCGUGCGGGGCCGGCUACGGCGGGGGCGUGGGCGGCGGCGGCGGCGGCGGCGGUGGCAGCAUCUCCUGCUACCACGCGAACGAGGCCGCCGCCGGGCUGGACCAGUCGGUGGUGGCCCAGUAUCACAGCUUUAACAAACUCCUGUCCGGGGGGAAGCACGGCGCCAGUCGGCACAAGUCGCGCGACCCGCUCGCGAUGGCCGAGGGCGGCAAGAUCGGGAUGCCCCACUCGAGCAACGACUGCAGCUCGGGCAGCUCGAACGAGGGCAACCUGGACUACGGCGGGACGCGCCUGUCGCUCGAUGCGCACCUGAGCAACGACCGGCUGGCGGCGGGGGCGGCCCCGGGCCGGCUGGACGGGCGGUUCACCGGGUCGGCCGAGCUGAAGCUGCGGGGCGAGCCGCCGCUGCUGCCCGAGCUGACGAAGGAGAGUGACCUGGAGCGGGACCCGGUGCCCGGGCACCGCAAGAAAACGACCAAAGGGGCAACGAACGGCAGCCGAGGGGAGGGGCUGGUGGCGGCGGCGUCGACCGCCGGCAGUGUUGGCAUUUGCUUCGACAACGACGCGGGUGGCGAGCGAACCAAUUUGAAGUGUAGGGCGUUUGGGGAGGACGCGCUGGCGGCAGCGCCAGCGGCCAACGCGUCCACCGUUGUCGGGUACGAGCAGGCGGCGUCGUCGCUAGCGCAACAGGACAGCCUGGACGACGUGCUCAGUCUCAACAAUGAUUGUAUUUUAGUGUUUGCCAAUGAGCCACUGUACGAUACCAGCGAUCUGAAGUCGCUGAAAUCGGACGCAGGCGGGGCGGUAGCUCCCGGCCCGGCCGGCUAUGAUCAGCCGGCGGGGUCGGGGGCGCAUCCGCCCGCCGCCGGCUCGAACGGGACGCUCGAGAUCUCGCUGCUGUACGAUGCGCCGAUGCGCAAGAUGACGGUGCACGUGCUGCAGGCGCGCGGCAUUGCGUCGCGCGGCGACAAGGGCCAGCUGACGCACACGCAGGUCCGGCUGCUGAUGCUGCCGGCCAAGCGGCAGAAGCACAAGACCAAGAUCCGGUCCGGCGAGUGCCCGCAGUUCAUGGAGAGCUUCCUGCUGCACCGCGUCAACCCGGAGGAGGUGAACUCGAUGGGGCUGCGCAUCCGGGUGUACGGGUGCGAGCGGAUGCGCCGCGAGCGGCUGAUCGGCGAGACGAUCGUCAGCUUCGCCAACAUCGACCUGGAGCUCGAGACGAACCUGUGGCUGCCGCUGGAAUCGCGCUCGUCAAGCACGGAUACGGCUUCCACGAGCGAUCUGCUGAGCAUUGCCCGGUCGGACAGUGCCGGGUCGACCACCUCCAUGCAGCAUGGCGGUGUGCCGGAGCUGCUGCUCGGGUUGGGCUACAAUGGUAUCACCGGGCGACUGACGGUGGAGAUCGUAAAGGGUAGCCAUUUUAGGAACCACACGCUACCCAAAGUCCCGGACACGUACGUGAAGCUCUGCCUGGUCAGCAGCAUGGGUCAGGAGAUUGCCCGCGCCAAAACGUCCACACGGCGCGGCCAAUCGAACCCACUGUUUAAGGAAUCGUUUAUAUUUCAGGUGGCAAUGUUCCAGCUGAACGACGUGACGCUGAUCGUGUCGGUGUACGCGAAGCGCAACAUGAAGCGCAACGAGAUGGUUGGUUGGUUUAGCAUGGGCCUCAACUCAAGCGGCCCGGAGGAGAUGAUACACUGGAACGAGAUGCGCGAGUCCAGCUCCCGGUCCGAGCUGAUCACCCGCUGGCACGUUCUGGUCGACUCCUGAUUUUAAAUUCCCUUUUCCCUGGUUGGCCGGCGAACCGGGCCGGCCUGGCCGGUGGAGCCGUGGGGGGGGGGCUGGAGCAGAGUUAGGCGCGUUUGCCUGCCCUCGCUUGCGAGCAACAAAACCUUUUUUCGCCUAAUCACGCCCGCACGUGGGUGGCACGCGCCGGCCCUCUCCUCCAGCACAACCCUCCCCCACCCCCUCAGGCACGUCCGGCACGCUGGCACCUGGAUCGGAAAGGGGGGAACAAUGCAAUUGGUUUUUGAAUUUGGCGGCACGCUUGGUGCGGAAUCGAAGCGCGCCCGAAAGCACUUUCGCGGAAAGUGAACAAGUGAACAAACAAACAAACAAACAAACAAAGAAACAAAACAAAAAAAUAUUGGAACAAAGAAAACAAACAAAAAAUAUUGGAAAAGGCCUCCAGCAAGCCUAUUUUAUCUCAAUUCUUUAAUAUUCAAUCCAAUUAUUGAUGUAACUUGUCAAACGAUCGGUAUUUUUACUUUCUCCGUCGGAAAACAAAGUUUGCAUGGUAUUUAUUAAAGUGGUAAUAAGCUA